GGACAGAGUGUAUUGCUGCGAGGGUGAAGCUCAAAGAAAGAAAAGGAAGAAAAUUUUACUCGAUGGCUGAUUUGAACCAAUUGGAAACGCUUAAAAGAGUUUCGGAACGGCUAUCGAAUAAAAUUUUCCUCAGAGAGUACGUUUUGGAACGUACCCCAAGUUCGAUCUCCUCUCUUACUUCAUGGAUGAUUUACGCUUGGUAUUGAAAAUUAACAGCUGAUUGGCCGAAAACACAUGUUUUUGAAUCAUAUCAAUGUUGAUUAAAUGGCUUAUUGUAUGGGAAGAUUAUUAUGUCAUUGAAUAUGAAAACAAUAAUUAUAUAUGAUUUUUUAAUCUUAAAAAAAAAAAAAAUUUAAGAAAAAAUUGAUCUACAAUUUUCUUCGUACUGUGAUGAAACAUGCAGGCUUCAUUGUCAGUCCGAACAAUUGGCUGUAUUGGAAAGUGUACAACUGGUUUGACAGCUGAAGAAUUAGAUCAAAUUACAGAUAAUAUAAAUAAGACUUUAUCUCAUCCAAAGGGUAGACAAAUUUUUGAAAGAUACCUCCAGCAACGCAAUCUUCAAAGUAGUCUGGAAUGUUUGGAAUUGUAUAAAAUCUGUUCAGAGUCUCUUGCUAAGGAAUUAAGUAAAUUACAAUCAAAAGAUUCUGAUUUAGAAUCUUUAAUUGUUGAUGUGAUGACGGUGAGGGAAAUUACCGAAGAUCUGGAUGGUGUUCCACAAAUAGACAUGGCACUUAUGGAACGAUUUAAUGAGGCCUUAACAAACAAGACUAGAGAAGCAUUACUUAAUAUAUUGGAAGACACCAGAGAUCGAUCGCGAGAUUAUUUAAAAAAUGUACAUCAAAGUUUUAAACAAUAUAUUUCAGAACCAUGUCCAAUAACGAAAUAAUGUUAUAUUACAUUAACAUGUUCAAGAACUUUCAAUGCUUUUUAUAUUUGUACUAUAAAAAUCUGUAAUGUACGUUUUUAUUUUCGUAUAUAAUGUGUGAAUAUCUCCAUUUAUAUGCAACUUAUAUAGUACUUAUUGUUGAAAGAUAUAUUUAAUAUCUAAAGAUGUGUAUACUGAAUAGAAAUAUUCAGAAAAUUAAGGCUGCAGAGUUAAAUUAUAAAGUUAUAUAGAACACAACGCAUUUGAUGAUGGAAGCUUCGUAUUAUUUAAAACUUUUCACAUAUGAAAUAUAGUAGAUUAACGAUAUCACCAAAACUAUUCUCUCAUGUAUCUUAUUCUUUCUAUUGUCAUUUCAACUAGAUUAGAACAUAA